UAAUUCGCAUAGAUUUCCUUGCAUUUUCUGCUGCUCUUAUCCCGCUACCGACCAUUCUUGUCCCAACAAUUUCAGAACAUCAGCAUUAUCUCUCUGUUUCCUUUACUCUCCCACAGUCUGAUCCCAUUUUGUUUCAGAAGAUCUAGGAUUGUCAAGCUUUGGUCCCAACGCUCAUGCUCUGAGUUUUGGACUUGCACGUUUCUGUAAUAUGGCCUCCUCUUCUGCUUCUGCUUCUGCUUCUGCUUCUGCUUCCACUGACAUCCCCCUAAAAGAGAAGUAUGAUGUCUUUCUCAGCUUCAGAGGCCUCGAUACCCGCAGGACUUUUAUCGGCCAUCUAAAGAAGGCCUUGGAUGAUAAGAAGAUUGUUACCUACAUAGAUUAUGAUAUUGGGCGCGGAGAAGAAAUCGAACCUGCCCUUCUAGAAGCAAUCGAGAGAUCAACGAUUUCCGUGAUCGUUUUCUCUGAAAACUAUGCUUCUUCUCGAUGGUGCUUGGACGAACUUGUGCAUAUACUGAAAUGCAGGAAACGUGUGAUACCCAUAUUUUACAAUACAGAUGUAUCAGAUAUAUCGAACCAGAACGGGAGUUAUGAACUUGAUGAACGUUUCAAGGAUAGAACAGAGUCUGAGCGUCUCAAGUGGAAGGAUGCUUUGAAGAAAGCAUCUACUAUAGUUGGAUUUGAAUCAAUGAAGUUCAGGGAUGAUGCCGUUCUGGUUCAGGAAGUUGUCGAGUUUGUUGACUCUAUUGUGAAAUUGGGUUUUGAGUCCUCGAGUUAUGAAUCAAAAGGUUUAGUUGGAGUUGAACGUCGGGUUCAGCAAAUUGAAUCAUUACUAUGUAUUGAUUCUCGAGAUGAUCGCGUUCGCUCCGUAGUUAUUUGGGGUAUGGGAGGUAUCGGCAAGACCACCCUUGCUGAUGCUGUUUUUCACCGUCUCGAGAAGAAAUUCCAUGCUAGCUGCUUUCUUAAAGAUGUUAGAGCACGUUCUGGGACUCCAAAUGGACUCCAAGAAUUGCGAAACAUACUUCUUCGUACAUUAUUAGGGAAUGAAAAACUAGAUAUCCAGUCCCAAUCUAUAGACCCUUCUACUGCAAAUCAACUCAGCCGUAGAAAAGUCCUGGUUGUUCUUGAUGAUGUUGACGAGUCAAGCCAAUUAGACAAGUUAGCUGGACGUGGUGUUACGUUUGGCUCAGGAAGUAGAAUCAUGAUAACAAGUAGAGAUAAGCAACGAGCUACAGAGAUGGAAUCACUGAGGAAGGGAGGUAACCAUGAUGUUGAGAUAUAUGAGGUUGAGAAAUUAAAUGAAGAUGAAGCUUGUCAGUUAGUCAAGUCGAAUUCCUCCGCAGGUUUCUAUUCUGAAGUAGAUUCUACGGAUUAUUUUACAAAAAUGGUAACUUAUGCUGCAGGCUGCCCCUUGGCCCUUAAAAUUUGGAGUUCCUUAUCCCGUAAAUAUUCAUGGGAUCAGAUGACAAAGAAACUCAACGAAAAGAUGGGGAGCAUUUAUGGAGUGAGUUAUGAUGUCUUAGGAGACGAUGAGAAGGAAAUAUUUCUUGACAUGGCAUGUUUCCACAAAGGGAAGCAAAUAAAUGAUGUGAGAGGAUAUUUAAAUUGCCGUGGUUUCAAUGCGGAUAGUGGAAUUGAUGAGCUUAUUGGUAGGUCCCUUAUAGAAGUAAGAGAAGAUCACCUAUGGAUGCACGAUGUGAUACAAGAAAUGGGCCGGGAAAUUGUCCGCAAACAAUGUCCUGAAGAGGCUGGAAGACGCACCAGGUUGUACAGCCUUAAGGACAUCUGUCAUGUAUUGCAACAUGAUACGGGAACUGCAACAAUUGAAAUCAUGUCCAUGGUCCACUAUGACAUCUCUUCAUUGGAGUGUAAUUGGAAGAAGCCUACAAGUUCCAUGGUCCACUAUGACAUCUCUCCAUUGGAGUGUAAUUGGAAGAAGCCUACAAGUUUAAAGUUGACCCCUCAAGUCUUUGGAAGGAUGUAUAAUCUAACAUUCCUAGAACUUGAUGGGCAUAACUUCAAAUUGAAACUUCCUGAAGGCGGUCUCGAGUCACUUCCCAAUGUCCUUAGAUAUCUGUCCUGGAAGGGUUAUCCUUUAGGAACUUUGCCAUCAAAGUUUUCUCCGAGCUGUCUUGUUGAGCUUCAUAUGCGCAAUAGCAAACUCCAGACAGUUUGGAAUACAGACCAGAAACCUCAGCUUCUAAAAAAGGUCGAUCUUAGUAACUCAACGGAGCUGGUUGAUGUCCCAUACCUCACAGCAUGUCUUGAGAGUAUAAAUCUUGAAGGAUGUGUGAGUUUGGAUCAAGUUCCAAAUCUCUCAAAGAGUCUAAAUAUCGGGAGUAUAAGCCUUCAAGGGUGCAAGAAGUUGGUUAUAGUUCCUUCAUACUUUAAAAAUCUUCACAAGCUUACAGUUCUGAAUCUGAGGGGGUGCCGGCUUCUAAAAUGUAUUCCAGAGAUGCCAAGCAAUAUGGAAUUCUUACAUAUAAGUGGACUAUGGAAUUCCUUCACCCUGGAACUGAUGGAAUUAUCUGGAUUGCCUUCAUCAAUCUGGUCUUUUAAGAAACUUGUCGAAUUGGAUCUUAAAGGGUGUUGCCACAUUGAGAAUCUUCCAAGCAGCAUUUGGUUGUUGAAUUCCCUCACAUCUCUUGAUUUGUCUUAUACGAGUUUAAAUUAUCUGCCCUCAUCAAUUGAGUGUCUUUCUAGGAUUGUUUCAAUUGAUUUGCAAAAUUGCGUCAAGCUUGUGAGUCUUUCAGACAACAUCGGUAAGUUGAAAUCUCUUGAACUACUUAAUCUUUCUUUCUGCAAAAGAUUCAAAUUCUUCCCGGAAAUCUUAGAGCCUAUGGAAUGCCUCAAGAAACUUGAUCUCUUUGGUUGCGAUUGCUUGGAGAGCCUUCCAACCAGCAUUUAUAAGUUGAAAUCUCUUGAGGAACUUAAUCUUUCUUGCUGCCAUGGAUUCAAAUUCUUCCCGGAAAUCUUAGAGCCUAUGGAAUGCCUCAAGAAACUUAAUCUCUUUGGUUGCGAUUGCUUGGAGAGCCUUCCAACCAGCAUUUAUAAGUUGAAAUCUCUUGAGGAACUUGAUCUUUCUUGCUGCCGUAGAUUCAAAUUGUUCCCGGGAAUCUUAGAGCCUAUGGAAUGCCUCAAGAAACUUAAUCUCUUUGGUUGCAAUCGCAUGGAGAGCCUUCCAACCAGUAUUUAUAAGUUGAAAUCUCUUGAACUACUUAAUCUUUCUUCCUGCAAUGGAUUCAAAUUGUUCCCCAAAAUCUUAGAGCCUAUGGAAUGCCUCAAGAAACUUGAUCUCUCUGUUUGCCGUCUCUUGAAGAGCCUUCCAACCAGAAUUUAUAAGUUGAUAUCUCUUGAGGAACUUAAACUCUCUCGUUGUUCCUCACUCGAAUUCUUCCCAGAGAUCUUAGAGCCUAUGGAAUGCCUGAAGACUCUCGAUUUAAGUGAUACGAAGAUUAUAGAGCUACCCGACUCCAUUGAAAACUUAGUUGGGCUUGAAGUAUUGGACUUAUCCAAGUGCAGAAGCCUUAAGUCUGUCCCAAACAGUAUCCACAAAUUAAGAUUUCUCAAGGAUUUCAGAGUUGCUGAUUGUUGGGCACUAGAGAAACGUCUUAUCUCAUCAUCGGACAUUUUGUGGUCUUCGCUAUCUAAUUUAGACCUCGGAGGAUGCACCAGGUUGGAAGAAAUCCCUGAUGGACUCAUGAAUUGCUUCUCACUAAAAGAAUUAAAUUUUAGCAAAACCAAGAUUAAGAGCAUACCUACAAGCAUCAAAGGACUUUCUGGAUUAAGAUCCCUGUACAUAUGGAAUUGCGAGUACCUAGGUUCUCUACCAGAGCUCCCAUAUAAUCUAGAAAUUUUGGAUGCUGAUGGUUGUAGGAAUCUGAAGAUGGUGUCACUCUCAAUGACUGCAGUUACACAAGGUCUGGAUCAAUUAUGUGAUGAAGAUUCUUUAACACGUGAAGAGAGAUAUUCAUUUCGUAGUUGCAAAAGCUUGAGUGAGACCGCAAAAAGCAACAUGAUGAAUGAUGCAGAGCUUAGAAUUAUGCGAAUGGCAGCUGCAUUUUCCAAAUUGCAAGAAAUAGAUCCUGAAGAUUAUGGGUUUUGGUAUUACUCCGUUUCUAUUGUCUAUCCUGGAAAUGAAAUUCCAGAGCGGUUCAGGUGUCAAACAGCAGAGGGAUCUUCAAUAAAUAUCAACCUUCCUGUGGAUCCUUCUCAUACAGAUACAAACUUCUGGCAACUCGUUCUGUGCGCUGUUCUCGACGAAGACGAAGAUGAGGACGAGGACAGCGCACAGAACGAGGACGAGGACCAGUUCCUCGACGAAGACGAAGAUGAGGACGAGGACGAGGACCAGUUCAAACCGUCUAGAUACAUUCCCUACAUUAUGGGCUUCCAUUGUGAAUUCAAUUGCACGACCAACAAUGGUGACAGCUCUGAAUAUUUUGAACUUCCCUGGCCCAAUAAUGAAAUUGAAAUAGAAAAAGGCACGAAUUGCAAUGACAAAUCUCAGGUAUUUGUAUGGUAUUGCCCAUACUUGUCCGCUCAUGCUCACAAUGCCAGCAAGGCCUCGUUCAAUUUUUCCUUGUAUCCAUAUUACCCACGUGAGCUCGAUCGCUUUAAGGUGAAAAGGUGUGGGGUCUGCUUGCUGUCUUCGCAAGGCCAAGAUGUUGUGAAAUUUGUAGGGGUCGAUCAAGAUGUUGGAGAACCAAAACCAGAGCAGGUUAUUUCAAGAAAGAGAAGCCGCGAUCAGUAUGAAGCCAGUUGAAGCGCUACUGUUGCUCUCUUGGAUUUGUUUCACUAAAUGUUUUGAUGCGGCGGACAAAUGGAGACAGGACCAGAUGACAAUAUUAUGCACUGUUAUUAGUCAAGACACCGUGCGAGUUGCAGGGAAAGGGGACUUGCUUACUGAUGACACCGCUUCUGCCCAUCUGGGAUCUUUUUAUGGUUCUACUCAAGCUUUCUCAUCUGUAUUGUGUAUGGGGAAACUUUAUGGACGAUGUUUGCUUCUUGUUAUUCGUGCUUGUCCUUCAUUCACAAUGCUUUUUGAUGAUCAAGUAUUGAGACUUUAAGCUCCUCAAGAUCAACACUUGAGCAAUCAAAGUGAACAUAAACUGUGAUGGGUUCCUGCAAAAAGUAAAGAAACUCCUUCAGAGAAUUGAAGGUGUUUACCAAGUCAAUAUUGAUGCUGAACAGCAGAGUCACAGUUUCAGGAGUUAAAGACUCUGCCACUUUGAUCAACAAACUGCUAUGAAACAUUCUGCGGUCCAAAACCAGGAGCAAAAGACCAUCAAUAAUGAAGCAGACAAGGCAAGAAAAUGAAGCAAUGCAGCUCCAACAACCACGGAUGAUGUAUCACCGGUUCCCAUUCAUUCCUCUAAGUACUGGCAAUUAAUUACUACCACUACUAUCCUGGUCCUAGUCCUAGUUCUGCCUCAUAUCCUUACUAGUGCUGAGCCUAAUUACAGUGGUGAUGGCCGGAAACAUUGCAGCUCAUUUGUUCAAUGAUGAUAACACCAGCAGCUAUUCUAUCAUGUAAUUCAAAUCAUGCAGACUUGACAUUGGGUAUUGAGGGCUUAGUUGCCUUUGACUGAUUUGGAGGACAUAAUAUGGACUACGAUGAGUAGUGGAGUGAAUCUCAUCACUCAGAGUGUAUUAUUUGACUGUUUCAUUUAUUCCGACUUGAUUGAUUCAUUAAUUUCUGGAAACAAAUAAAUUCAUCAUCCUGUAGUAUUUUACACAUUCAACUCUUUUGAAAGAUGAAUUUUUCAUCGUCCUUUAGGACGGUUGGGUU